AUGGCGUCCCUUCUCCUGGCAGCGAUAACUGCGGCCAUGGCUGCCGCCGCUCUCCUUUACUUUUGCUGGAAGGUAGUCUCUGCCUUCUGGAUCUCCCCUCUCAGAGCUCAUUCCCAGCUCCGGCGAAACGGAUUCGCCGGCCCAACUCCCACUUUCCCUCUCGGAAAUAUCCAGGAAAUGAGAAAACUCGUCCUAACCAGCCAAACCACCUCUUCUUCCGACAUAAUUUCCCAUGAUAUCCACUCAGCCGUCUUCCCUUACUUUGCCCAGUGGCACAACUCCCACGGGAAGGUGUUUGUGUAUUGGUUAGGGACGGAGCCGUUCCUGUACAUCGCCGACCCGGAGUUCCUCAAGGCAAUGUCCGCCGGAAUAAUGGGCAAGAGCUGGGGAAAGCCCAGAGUUUUCAAGCAGGACCGGGAGCCCAUGUUCGGCAAUGGGCUGGUCAUGGUCGAAGGAGAAGAAUGGGUUCGCCACCGCCACGUCAUCACUCCGGCCUUCACCGCUCCCAACUUGAAGCCGGCGCCGAACGUGCAGAGGCAAGCCAAGGAGGACAUUCGCGUCGGCGACCGGACGAUACCCAAGGGGACCAACAUGUGGAUCGACGUGGUGGCGAUGCACCACGACCCGAAGCUGUGGGGGGACGACGCGUACGAGUUCAAGCCGGAGAGAUUCGAGGCCGACCCUCUGUACGGAGGGUGCAAGCACAAGAUGGGGUUCAUGCCGUUUGGUUUCGGAGGGAGGAUGUGCGUCGGGAGGAACCUGACGAUGAUGGAGUACCAGAUUGUGUUGUCUAUGAUCCUCACCAGGUUCUCUUUUUCCUUGUCUCCAUCGUACGUUCAUUCUCCUACCAUCGUGCUCUCAUUGAGGCCUACUCAUGGAAUCCCUCUCGUCCUCAGGCCUCUGCAAUCGUGA